ACCAAGGCGUCAUCAAUAAACUUCUACCCUUGAUGCGACAUCAUCAAAACUCAUCAUCCCGUCGUCAGAGAAAAACUGGAGUAGACGAACGAUCGUUGGCGCUAUGUCGUCGCAGCUAUGGACGAUGACACCUUCCUCAUAAUGCUCGGGGAUCAUGGAAUGGAUAAGAUGGGUAAUCACGGCGGUGACAGCAUCCUAGAAUGACAGCUCUUUGGAUCUAUAGCAAGGACCCUCUUGCCCUUUUCUCUUUCCCAAUUCCAGAGGCCAUUCUACCGAUGAUCACAUUCCUAGCCGCGUCGGCUCUCCCUAUUUGAUGUUCUGGCUCAUCUUCAGCGACGUAUGGUUGAUGACACCCCUUUCGGGACAGAUCGUCCUUGGAUUAUCAGCCGUCGCUCUUCUCUCCUAUCUAGAGAUCCUCGACAGCGUCCGAGGUGUCCGCAGCCUAAACAACGCAGUCACAUCCUCCAUACUCGACCUCGCAAAUACCAAUCCAAACCACGCCCUCUUAUUCUCAUUCUCAGAAAUCGUACCCCUAGCGCUCCUAGCGACGCACAUGUACUACAGUACAAGCCACCAAUCGACAUUCUCAUCCAUCCAAAUGGAAAAGCGCAUUCAUCCUCUGAAAGUCGCUUUCCUUCCCCUUUCCGUUGCUCUCAAUACCUUUGGGUCCUUUUUCCUCGGGGCGCUGGCGGUGCCGCUAAUCGUACUCUGGAACCUCUCCCCUUUGCCCGCCCCAAAAAUCAUCUCGCCCCCAUCCAAAUGCACUAAGAGCCGCAUUAGCGAUAUCGGCGUGUGGGGCGGUGUUGAGGAGGCAUUUGAUGGCGUUGGUGCUGGGAGGGUUUUUAGGGGGCUGGGUGCAUGAGAGGUGUUGAUGAAUUGAAUUGAAUUGAGUUCCCAUCACUCCGGUCUCGUACCUCUUUUUACUAGCGGCCACAGGAAGAACUCGAUACUUGGGGAGAUCAAAACGUGUUGAUUGUAAAGCGACAAGGAUUUGGUACUCGGGUCGGAACGUAU